UCUCUGGGUUGAGGACUACUAACUAUCUGGCAUGUCACGCGUGACCGCUUCAUCACUCCGGCUUUGUUGAUUUAUUUCACCAUGAGCGCGUCAAACAAACCGUCGGACAAAAGAAAUAGCACCAAGAAUAAGCUGGACAGGCUUUUAAAGGACAGAAAAUGCACUUUUCCUCUGCUGAUCAAGACGUCACGACCAGAGGCUUUCCCUCAUCCUCACAGACUCGCUACAGAAGGCAACCGCCUCAGUACAAACCGACCUUGCUCGCAGAAGUUUGGCCCUGGUGUAGGAACUUUGCCUCAGCUUGAGCCACCUGUGGUCCAGGUGGUGGUCAGCAAUGCCAAAAAUCAACACCAACAGUCGGAGAACAUCCUGCCCCAGAUUGCCAACAAGGGAGGCCACAACAACUAUCAGACACACCCGGAUGAAAGGCCAAAGCCCACCCAGCAGUUCACCAUGCGGUUUGGCGCAACCAUGGAUAAAGUGUCUGUCUCCCGCAACAGCAAGAUUUUCAGCAACAAACUGGAGAAGGAGAAAGCAUACGAGGGACAAAGGCUACCCAUGACUCCCACUGAGGCGCUGAAGAACUUCCAAGAUCGGCUGACGGAGUUUGAGCAGGAGGAAAUCAUGGACUAUUCUGAAAUCUGGUUCCUGGGUCUGGGCUCUCAGAAGAUUGAGGGCUCCCAAAGUUCUCCGCAGAAUUCCGGAUAUGAUGACGAGCAUGGGAGCUACGUCAGGGUGCUACAUGACCACAUUGCCUACAGGUUUGAAGUGCUGGAAGUCAUUGGAAAAGGCUCUUUCGGGCAGGUUUUAAAAUGUCUGGACCACAAGAACAAUGAGCUUGUAGCCAUUAAGAUGAUUCGCAACAAGAAAAGGUUUCAUCAUCAAGCUCUGGUUGAACUGAAGAUCCUGGAUGUGAUCAAGAGAAAAGAUAAAGACAACCUCCACAACGUCAUCCACAUGAAGGAGUACUUUUACUUCAGAAAUCACCUUUGCAUCUCCUUUGAGCUCCUCGGGGUGAACCUGUAUGAACUCAUCAAAAAAAACAACUUCCAGGGCUUCAGUCUCGCUCUGAUCCGUCGCUUCGCCCAUGCUCUCCUCAGAUGCCUGCAGAUGCUGCACAGAGAGAAGAUCAUUCACUGCGAUCUCAAACCGGAGAACAUCCUUUUGUCCCAGAGGGGGCCGGGGAACAUCAAGGUGGUUGAUUUUGGAUCAAGCUGUUAUGAACAACAAAGAGUGUACACCUACAUCCAGAGCCGCUUCUACCGCUCUCCUGAGGUCAUCCUGGGACACCCCUACAGCAUGGCCAUUGACAUGUGGAGUCUGGGCUGCAUCCUAGCUGAACUCUACACAGGAUAUCCUCUCUUCCCAGGAGAGAGCGAAGUGGAACAGAUAGCCUGCAUAAUGGAGGUUCUUGGAAUGCCUCCAAAUGAUUUUGUUCAGUCAGCAUCAAGAAGGAGAUUAUUCUUUGACUCAAAGGGGAACCCCAGGAACAUCACUAACAGCAAAGGAAAGAAGCGGAGACCCAGCUCCAAAGAGCUGUCACUUGCACUGAAAACAAACGAUGCUUUGUUCUUAGACUUCAUCCAACGCUGCCUCACUUGGGAUCCGACAAAGCGGAUGACUCCAGAUGAAGGUUUACAACACGACUGGAUCCUCGAAGGAAAUUUCAACAGAGUCCGUCCAAAAACCAAGCCAACGGUGAAGAAGGUCUCAGACAGUUCAACCAACACAGAAAACAGCAACGAGCACCAUCACCGUAAACAAGUUCACAAUAAGCCUGCAGAAAAGGUCACCUCAGAAAGCCAUGCUAAUGACAAGCUGAAGAGAGACACUUCAUCAUCAGGAGCAAAGAUGGAGCCCGCUGAGCGUUUGCGGCCCAUCGGAGCCUCAGCGGAAGAGGAAGUGUGUGAGAAUCAGCAAGAAGAAGGUGGAGAGAGGCCUGUUCACAUCAUCAUCAAGCCUCAAGAAGAAGUGGGCACAGAGAGAAAAGAUAGUGAGGAACCGUCUCAGUGUUUACCCCCUAUCAUGUAACAGUCUACAUCCUGCUGCAUUCAUGGAGACAAUCAGACAUCCCACCUCCCACCUAAGAUCAUCCAGAUGCUGAAGUGGAUUUAAAAUGAUGCCUGAGAGAAAGGUGCAGUUUUGGGCUUUAUUAACACCAAACAUCACAUUCGCCAAUGUGUUAAAAUGACGCCAGGACUUAAGGGCACAAACAGUAAGCACAAAUAUCAACAAACACACUGUAUUAGGUGUUUUUAAAGACAGUUGGGCACAGAAAAACAGUCGCGUUUUACUUUAUUUAUUAGCUUCUAUCAAAUAUUUUAUGUUGAAGACUUACCCGCAUAAAAUCACAAGAAAUAAAAGCCAGAGAAAUGUCUUCAAUGGAGGUUUUUUUUUACUACCAGGAGGAAACUAACUACUUCCUACAUGGUGAACUUUUUUUAGUUAUUAAAUACUGAGGAAGAUUUAUAGGGAGGAGGUGGGAAAUAUCAGUCAUCAGCAAAGAAAUAGACCCUCUAGUGACUGCUUUAGCUAUUACCUUCUGUGGUACUUUAUGAUAUAUGACAUUGAAUCAAGCUGUUCUUGUUUUACAGUCUAGAUGCAGUUGUAGUCCACAUUCAAACACACUGCAGUUGAAAUAUCAGGCUGUCUAAUGGUUGGAAAUCUAAAAUAUAGUGCAUCAUUUACUUUUUGCUCUCUGCUGUAUUAUUUGUUGAACCCAGUCUUUGCUGUGCAUUGAAAUCUUUUAUAAAUUUUCAAACUUUCACCAUCAUGUUAAACUAAGUAGCUGAGCUUAGAAAGUGCAUGGAUAGAAAUGUUUUUGGUUUUUACUUUUUUUUUUUGUCAUUUUAGCCUCAUCAUAAAUUCACAAUGUUUAACUAUUGUGUGCAAUAAAGGCUGAGCCAAAUUUUUUUUUUUUUAAUGUCAAACACAUAAAUGUUGUGUACCUUUAAUGUAGAAUGCAGUUGAUUGUAGAUUAUUUCCCAUAUUAUGGAGUAUAUUUGAUCAUAUGUUUCAUAUUUGUUUAAAAUUUUCUGUUCAACUCUAAUUAAAUAUGUAUUUGUAACAGAAUCCAUUGUAUAUAUAUAUCAGCUGUAAUUUCCUAUGUAUGUGUAACACAGAAGAUAUUUUACAAAAUAUUACAGACAGUUGUUGAGGAGUUUAGACAAGGUUUUACUUGUUGUGUUGUUACUGUACGAAAACAUUUUGUAAGCCUGUGUUAUCCAGAAUAUUUUUUAUAUUAGAAAAAGAGGACAAUCCUAAUAUCGAUAGUCUGUGCCUUGCAGUAUUAGAAAUCUUGCACUUUAUUAUUGUGUGUGAACCCUGGUGUAGAAACCUUUGGAUUUGAUUUUCUUGUCAAACGAAAAUGAGUUGUGCAAUAUCAUAUUAGACUGCACUGCCAGGUUCUCUUUCAUUUAGACAAAAUUCUGUUUCAUCUAAUGUUACAGAGCUUUAAGACACAAUUCAUCUUUUUACAACUGAAGUAUGUUUUUAGUCGCCAACGCAGACCCAACUUUGUUAAAUAUAGACUUGUGCCCUCACCACCUAUUAGCUAAGUAACCAGACAUCCUGAGAGGAUUGAUUGUAGCUAAAAAAAAAAAAAAAAAAAAAGGAAUUUUAUUAUGUCUUUUAUGAAAUAAAAAUUUGUUUCAACAAAAAAGUGUUUUUGAGUUGA